AUGCCUGGACCAGAUUAUCUUCUUUAUGAAAAAGCAACAGGAUAUGGUAUAUUUAAAGUAUUAAUCCAACAAGAUGAAAUUGCUUCAAGACAAAAAGAAGUACAAGAAGCUUCACAAGAUUUAGGAAAAUUUUCAAAAAUGAUUGAAUUAAUUUCAUUUGCUCCAUUUCAAGGUGCUGCUCAAGCUUUAGAAAAUGCUAAUGAUAUAAGUGAAGGUAUAGUUUCAGAUUACCUCAAAAGUAUAUUGGAAUUAAAUUUACCAAAAUCUUCAUCAAAAAAUAAGAUUACUCUUGGUGUAAGUGAUAAAAGUUUAGGACCAUCAAUUAAAGAAUUUUUACCAAAUGUUGAUGUUUUAUCAAAUGAAAUUGCUCAAGAUUUUUUAAGAGGUAUUAGAGUUCAUGGAGAUAAAUUAUUUAAAGGUUUACAACAAGGUGAUAUUGAAAGAGCUCAAUUAGGUUUAGGGCAUGCUUUUUCAAGAGCUAAAGUUAAAUUUUCAGUUCAAAAAAAUGAUAAUCAUAUAAUUCAAGCUAUUGCAUUAUUAGAUCAAUUAGAUAAAGAUAUUAAUACAUUUUCAAUGAGAGUUAAAGAAUGGUAUGGAUGGCAUUUCCCGGAAUUGGCUAAAAUUGUUUCCGAUAAUUAUAAGUUUGCAAGAUUAAUUUUAGCUAUAAAUGAUAAAUCCACUUUAACUGAUGAUUCAUUACAUGAUCUCGCAAGUAUAUUAGAUGAAGAUUCUGGUUUAGCACAAAGAGUUAUUGAUAAUGCAAAAAUUUCAAUGGGUCAAGAUAUUUCAGAACAAGAUAUGAAUAAUGUUUUAAAUUUUGCUAAGAGAGUUGUUAACUUAACUGAAUAUAGACAACAAUUGUAUAAAUAUUUAACUGAUAAAAUGAAUACUGUUGCUCCUAAUUUAAGUACAUUAAUUGGUGAAGUUGUUGGUGCAAGAUUAAUAUCUCAUGCUGGUUCAUUAACUAAUUUAUCAAAACAAGCAGCUUCAACUGUUCAAAUAUUAGGUGCUGAAAAGGCUUUAUUUAGGGCUUUAAAAACUAAAGGUAAUACUCCAAAAUAUGGUUUAAUUUAUCAUUCAUCAUUUAUUGGUAAAGCUUCAUCAAAAAAUAAAGGUAGAAUUUCAAGAUAUUUAGCAAAUAAAUGUUCUAUUGCUUCAAGAAUUGAUAAUUAUUCAGAUGAACCAACAACUGCCUUUGGUGAAGUUUUGAAAAAACAAGUUGAAGAAAGAUUGAAAUUCUAUGAUACUGGUUCUGCACCAAUGAAAAAUAGUGAUGCUAUAAAAGAAGCUUUAGCUUUGACUGGUAUAGAUUUAGAUGAAGAUGUAGAAGUAGAAGAAGUUGUAGAAAAGAAGGAAAAGAAAGAAAAGAAGGAAAAGAAGGAUAAGAAGGAAAAGAAGGAUAAGAAGGAAAAGAAAGAUAAAAAGGAAAAGAAAGAUAAGAAAGAUAAAAAGAGAAAAUCUGAUGAUUCAGAAGAUACACCAAAAAAGAAGAAGAAAAAGUCAAAGGAUUGA